ACCUGUGAGGACACCGUGCGCUUUCCGGCGAGCUCAGACUGCAGGAUGACAGACGGUAACACAAACCUCCCGACUAUCGAGAGAAAGCUGGGACUGCAGAUAUGGGGCAUAGAGAAUAUGAAGAUGGUUCCUGUACCUGAAAAGGCUUAUGGGACGUUUUUUGAAGGGGACUGUUACAUAGUUCUGCAUAUCAAAAGAACCUCUCGCGGCUCCGCUGUGGAUUUGCAUUACUGGAUUGGCAAGGAUUCAUCUCAGGAUGAGCAAGGCGCCGCGGCCCUGUAUGUCACCCAGCUGGACAAUGCACUCCAGGGCAACCCCGUGCAGCACCGGGAGGUGCAGGGACACGAGUCUGAGACCUUCCAAAGCUAUUUCCGCAAUGGCAUUAUCUACAAGAAGGGAGGAGUGGCUUCAGGAUUUAAGCACGUGGAGACCAAUAUGUACAACAUCAAGCGUCUUCUUCAUGUCAAGGGCAAGAAGCACGUGUCAGCCACAGAGGUAGCACUUUCCUGGGACAGUUUCAAUAAGGGCGAUGUUUUCUUGCUGGACCUUGGGAAAGUGCUGAUUCAGUGGAACGGACCCAGCUGCAGCAUUGCUGAGAAAUCCAGGGGUCUCGCACUGGCUCGCAGCAUCAGGGACAGCGAAAGAGGCGGCCGAGCUCAGAUCGGCAUCAUUGACAAUGAGAAAGACUCCCCAGACCUCAUGCAGAUCAUGAAGAUGGUGCUGGGUGAGAGGCGCGGGGAGCUCCGAGACGCCAUCCCAGAUACGAAAGCAGAUGAGCUGCAGAAAGCAAAUGUCCGACUCUACCAUGUCUAUGAGAAGGACAACGACCUGGUGGUACAGGAGAUAGCCACCCGGCCCCUGACACAGGAUCUGCUCCAGCACGAGGACUGCUACAUUUUAGACCAAGGUGGUUUUAAGAUUUAUGUCUGGAGAGGAAAAGCCUCCAGCGUGGAAGAGAAAAAAGCAGCCUUCACUCGAGCUGUGGGUUUUAUCCAAGCCAAAGGCUAUCCUUCAUCCACCAACAUUGAAGUGAUCAAUGAUGGAGCAGAGUCAGCCAUGUUUAAACAGCUCUUCCAGAGGUGGACAGAAAAGGAUGAAACACAAGGGUUGGGCAAAGCCUACACUACUGGCAAAAUUGCCAAGGUGGAGCAGGUGAAGUUUGACACCACUCAGCUCCACGCCAGACCAGAGCUAGCUGCUGAGCAGAGGAUGGUAGAUGAUGCCUCCGGGGAGAUUGAGGUGUGGAGGAUUGAGGACUUGCAAAUGCAGCCAGUGAAUCCCAAGACAUAUGGGCAGUUCUAUGGGGGUGACUGCUACCUGGUCCUGUACACCUACCUGAGAUCAGGCAGGCCUCACUACGUCCUCUACAUGUGGCAGGGUCGCCAUGCCUCUGUGGAUGAAAUCACCGCCUGUGCCCUCAAUGCCAUUGAGCUGGACAAGAAGCAUGGGGAUGAGGCCGUGCAGGUGCGCGUGACAAUGGGCAAGGAGCCCACACACUUUCUGGCCAUCUUCAAGGGCAAGCUGAUCAUUUACGAGGGCGGCACAAGCCGGGCUCAGAAAAGCACGCCCGAGCCAGCGAUCCGCCUCUUCCAGGUGAGGGGCACAGAUGAGAUGAACACAAAGGCCACGGAGGUGCCGGCCCGGGCCUCCUCCUUUACCCCCAAUGACGUCUCCCUGCUAACGCCCAGCCAAGUCUGCUACCUGUGGUGUGGGAAGGGAUGCAGUGGAGAUGAGAGGGAGAUGGCAAAGAUGGUAGCUGACAUCGUCUCCAAACGGGACAAGCACACCAUUUUGGAGGGACAAGAGCCAGCAGAAUUCUGGGAAGCCUUGGGAGGCAAAGCACCUUACGCCAGUGAAAAGAGGUUUCAAGAGCAGGUCACGCACUACCAGCCUCGCCUCUUUGAGUGCUCCAACCAGACGGGUCGAUUCAUCAUGACAGAGGUGGUGGGAUUCUGCCAGGAAGACUUGGACGAAGAUGACGUCAUGCUGCUAGACACAUGGGAAGAGAUUUUCCUUUGGGUUGGCAAAGCCUCCAACACGUAUGAGAGGAACGAGGCAGUUGCCUCGGCUAAGGAGUAUCUCAAGACCCAUCCGGCAGGGAGAGACUUGGCAACUCCGAUAAUACUGGUGAAGCAGGGCUAUGAACCCCUCAACUUCACAGGGUGGUUCAACGCUUGGGACCCCUACAAAUGGAGCGAUGGCAAGUCCUAUGAGGAGAUGAAGAAUAGCUUGGGAGACGUGUUGGCUAUAUCCGAGAUCAAAGUGGACCUUAACAACAUCAGCCUGAACAAGAGAACCCUCAGCAUGACCAACUUGACUGGUUCAAGUAUGGCAAGUGCUUCCCCAGAGUGUAAAUCACACUUCAACCACAGUGACAGCAACAGCUACAGCAACAGCAGCAACUACAACAGCAACAGCAGCCCUUGCCUGGUGCCCAACGGUGAAGGAGUUUACUCACGAGAGGUGCUGAUGAAUAAGACGGUGGAUGAACUCCCAGAAGGCGUGGAUCCCACUAAAAAAGAGUACUAUCUCUCUGAUGCCGAUUUCCAUGAUAUCUUUGGGAAGUCCAAGGAUGAGUUCUACCAGAUGCCCAAAUGGAAGCAGCAGAAUGAGAAGAAGCAAUGUGGACUAUUCUGA